CCAUUGGUCACUAUAAUUUGAAUUAUUUGUACAUCUUCAAAUUUGUGAAAAACCACAUUAUAAAUGUAUACCGUCGCUGUUAUCAGUAGUCUUGACCAAUCCUAUUCAUCUGAAGUGUCGAAUGUCCCACUAGAAGCCGUUUUGUAUUAGACCUGAACACAGAUUUUUGGAAUUUGAUUUUUCUUCAUUUCGUUGGAAUUUUUCUCUGCCAUAAAAUGUGAAAAAAAUCAGAAGAGAAACAAUGAAGACUUGAAUCAGGUGAGUUGAUAUGAAUUUCCAGCAAUUUGGAGUUCCUAUUUCUGCUGCUUUACCAAUAGCCACUCAGUAUCAAGGUGGCAAAAUCACUCAAAAUGUAACUACACCAAAUGGACAAGUUGUGGGUCUAUUGCAAGGUGGAGAAAAUGGGGUUCAUUACCUUAGACCCUUUGACAUUAAUUCCUUUGCUGCAUCACAACCUAGUACAAGUAAUGGCCAACAAGCGCAAACUUUGAUAACUCUCCCCAUAACAAUGCCAGGAGCAAAACCAGGAGAUCCCCAGCAGACGGUACAGAUCCAAGUGAUUAAUCCUCAACCAAUGAGCCCACCUAGUCCUAAUGCUCAACAAAAAUUUCACAUGACGCAAAUACCAAUUCAAACAUUUGGCCAAGGUGCUACUGUGCUUACUGUCGCUUAUAAUGGCAAUCAAGAAGGCAUCCAGAUUGUCGAUGGGCAAAAUGGAAUACCCGAAGGAAUGACAGUGGUCGCAGCAAUUCAGCCCCAAGAUAUCCAACUCAUCCAAACAGAUCCAAAUGAAAAGAAAGAUGGACUUUUACCAGUCGCAUUGAUUAAAAGUGAGGUGAAUAAAGAUGAUGCGAAUCCUCAAGAGAAUGGUGCACCUGUUACUGCUUUUCCUACACAAUAUCUCCAAAAUACCUCUGUACAAGAAUAUCUACAAAAAAUGCAACAAAACACUGCUUUACCACUCAGUUUACAACAGUUCCUCAAAUUCAAUGCACCAGGUAUUAAACAAGAGCAGAUAACUGAAGAUGGAGUCUUGGAACAAGUAAGCAUUUCAGCUGAAGUCGAUCAAGAACAACAUUUAGUAUUGAACUCUGUCGAUUAUAUGGAACAUCAAGAAGAGAAUCCAGAAGAUGCAGAUAAGAAUAAGAAAAAGAAGAAAUACAAGAAGAAACCAGCCAAACCAAAAAAGCCCAAGCCCGGCCAAGUUCACAUUGCUACAGCCCUCGAUGGAACGACACUUUUUUGCUGUCCAGAAUGCCAUAUGGCAUAUCCCGAAAAGGACCUAUUGGAAUCUCAUUUAGUUGGACAUAAAAUUGAAAGAAGAUUUAUAUGUGAUAUUUGUGGUGCUGGAUUGAAACGAAAAGAACAUUUGGAAAGGCACAAAUUAGGCCAUAAUCCCGAAAGACCUUUCGUUUGUUCCGUCUGUAUGAAAGGUUUCAAAAGAAAAGAGCAUCUGAAUCUUCACUAUGUCAUACAUUCAGGUGAAAAGACUGAAAUUUGUGAUGAAUGUGGAAAAGGUUUUUAUCGAAAGGACCAUUUACGGAAGCAUCAGAGAUCCCACGUAACCAGAAGGGCGAAAGAACAAGCAGAGAGACAGAGUUUGUUAUCUAAAGAAGGAACAGCCCAAGUCACUAUACAGAUGCCUACUCAACAACUUCAAAUACCUGUUCAAAUUCAAGUGCCCCAACAUCAUAUCCAAAUGGCAACACAACAGGAAGAGGAAAACAGCCAAGUCAGUACGGUUGUGUUACCUGCUAGCGAGGCAUUGUCGAUCUUACCAAACUAAAAUUUACCAUUUUCAUCAUAAGUGAUCUUUUCAAACAAAUAUUCAGUCAUGCGCGAUUGGGAAAAACUUGAUAUAUUUAUCUGAGUUAUCUUUAUUUAGCCCAAGACUGCCUAAAUCAGCCUUCAAUUGAAUGAAUUGCAUAGAUUGAUAAUACUGUUGUUUGAUCGUUGAUGGUGGUCUUGAACUUGAACAAAAUCUUCUGUAGUUUUGAGUGGAACAUUGAAUGAAAUAAUAACAAGAUACUAACAAAGAACUUAUACAACAGUAUUAUGGAUUGAAGUAAGAAGCUCCCAAAGGAUUGAAAAAACAUUAUUUUUAUUUAGUGGAUUUCUGAAAAUUAUACUUUUUCAACCGCACAUGGCACUUGUAUAUAUUAGAUAUGUAUUGAUCUAUUUAUUCUACAAAUUUAUAUUAUACACUAAUACCUGAAAGGAAUCUAGCAAAUGUGCCCUGCACUAAUAAAACAUUGAUUAUUUUUGUCUCAGUUGAAGUUUUUAUUUCAUUUGAUGUGGGGUACAGUGAUAUGGUGCAAAUCAAAGAAAAAUCUAUAUUUGUUCAAUCUUCAAUUAUGAGAGACUUGAUUAUUAUCAAAAAAGAAUAAUUUGUGUAUGAUUAGCAUUUUUCUGCACCUGUACGAUUCCUAGACUAUAAGAAAAUAUUUUCUUGAAGAUAUAUGAUUGUUGAUAAAAAAAAAUGUGAUAUGAUGAACAAAUAUUAAAAAAUCAUUAAGAUAAAUCAUAUUUGGCCUAAACAAAGUGUUUAUCAUAUAUAUUGGUCAGUUUGAGUGCUUAUCAGUAUUAGUUUGAAAUAAUCAUUUAAAAAUUCUAAAGCAUUCAUGUUGAAAUUUUGAAUUAAUUCUGUACAAAUUAUAGUUUUAGUGGUUUUGGGUAAUAAUACUGAAUAUUUUAAUUUUUUUGCUCUGCCAGUGCUAUUGGUAGAGUUUAUUGGAUUAUUUAUGAGGAUUUCGUUGUCUUCAUCACAUUUUCAUUUUUAAUUAAUAAAGAUGGUAUCAGUUCAAAUAUGUAUAAAAUCAAGUUGUUGAAUGAUUUUGGUUGAAAUAUUAUUAGGUUUGUAGUUUUUAUAUAAAGAUGACAUUCUAUAGAAUGAAAAUAAAAAUUUUUAUAUAA